AUGGUACUGAUCGACAAGCACGAGUAUCUCACGGAGGAAGAAAAACGUCUCAAGGAGGAUCGGGAUCGCACUCGUUACUGGAAGAAAUGGGGCCCGUACGUGGCUGAGAGACAAUGGGCAACCGUGCGUGAGGAUUACUCUGAGGAUGGUGACGCCUGGAGCUAUUUCUCGCACGACCAUGCGCGGUCGCGAACCUUUCGCUGGGGUGAGGAUGGCAUCGCCGGCGUGUGCGACACCCAUGGGUUGCAGAACAUUGCAUUCACGUUUUGGAAUGGAGAAGAUGAUUUUCUAAAAGAGCGGCUUUUCGGCCUGUCAAACCCGCAAGGUAACCACGGCGAGAGUAUCAAGGAGGCCCAUUUCCAUGUCGACAAUACCCCCACGCAUUCCUACAUGAAGUUCCUCUACAAAUACCCUCAAAAGAAGUUCCCCUAUCAGGAGUUGGUUGACGAGAAUGCCAAACGAUCGCGCCUAGAACGCGAAUACCAAAUUCUCGACACUGAUGUCUUCGAUGAGAACAGAUACUGGGAUAUCUUCAUUGAAACUGCUAAAGAAGGCAACGACGAAGAGGAACUCAUCUUCCGCGUGAUCGCAUACAACCGAGGUCCCGAACCGGCACAUCUGCACAUCAUCCCUCAUGUUUGGUUCCGGAACACCUGGUCUUGGGGCUAUGAGAAAGAGAAUUCCAAGCCAACCAUCAAGCAGGAGGGGCCUCUGGUAGCGAAAUCGAACCACCGCAAGCUGGGUGAACGAUACGUUUGCUUUGCCCCUUCGCCUCCAAUUGGAUCCAGCGAUGAAGACAUUCAGCCACGCAUGCUUUUCACCGAGAAUGAGACCAACAAUCAAAAGCUAUGGGGUACAGAUAACCAACACCCAUACGUUAAGGAUGCUUUCCAUCGCCUUAUUGUGGAUGAAGAGAAGGAUGCAAUUAACCCUGCCAAUGAGGGUACCAAGUUCGGUGCGUGGUAUGCCUUCGACGAGGGCGAGGGUGUCCCUCCAGGAGAAUGCGCUAUUGUUCGGUUCCGAUUCUCCCGGAAGAAGGAGGACUUCGUGGACGAGGAAGUUCUGGAUGAUGUGAUUGAACAGCGUCGCGCCGAGGCAGACGACUUCUACUACCGCAUCAGCCCCCUUCCCAUGAGUGAUGACCUUCGAAACAUCCAGCGACAGGCCUUUUCGGGCAUGAUGUGGUGCAAGCAAUACUAUCACUUUAUUUGGGACCAAUGGAGUAACGGUGACCCAGCUGAGAUCCCCCCUCCUCCCGGACGAAAGGGGAUUCGCAAUGAGCAAUGGCGGCAUCUCUAUAUCGAUGAUAUCCUCUCGAUGCCCGACUCCUGGGAGUAUCCGUUCUUCGCCGCCUGGGAUACCGCCUUCCACUGCAUCCCGUUGGCAAUGAUUGACCCAGAUUUCGCCAAGAAGCAGCUUGACCUCCUGACUCGCGAAUGGUACAUGCAUCCCAACGGCCAGCUUCCGGCCUACGAGUGGAACUUUGGAGACGUCAACCCGCCCGUGCAUGCUUGGGCCGUUUUCCGCACCUUCAAGAUCGAGCGCAAAAUGUAUGGCCGCCAGGACUUGGAUUUCCUCGAACGCGUCUUCCAGAAACUCCUGCUGAACUUUACCUGGUGGGUGAACCGGAAGGAUUCGGAUGGUAAGAACGUUUUCGAGGGAGGUUUCUUGGGUCUGGAUAACAUCGGGCUGUUCAACCGCUCCGAGCCUCUGCCUACCGGUGGUGUCCUUGAGCAAGCGGACAGCACGGGUUGGAUGGCAUUCUACUGUCUGACUAUGUUGAACAUUGCAUUGGAGCUGGCUAAGCACCGCCGCACAUAUGAGGACAUUGCAUCCAAAUUUUUUGAGCAUUUCGUUCUCAUCAGCGACGCAAUGACUUACCGGUCUGGCGAGGACAGCAUCAAGUCACUGUGGAAUGAAGAAGACAAAUUCUACUAUGAUGCCAUCUCGUAUGGGGGUCCCUGGACUCAACAGCUGCCUAUUAGAUCGUUGGUCGGUCUCAUUCCGCUAUAUGCUGUUCUCACCCUUGAGCCAGAGAUUAUCAAAAAGUUCCCCUCGUUCAAACGACGCCUUGACUGGUUCAUUGAGAACAAGCAGGAUGUCGCUGAGCGCAACAUUGCCAGCAUGAAGCGCCGGGGUAAGGAUGAUCGCCUGCUUCUAUCACUUGUUAGUAAAGACAGACUGGAAAACAUCUUGAAGCGCAUGCUCGAUGAGACCGAGUUCCUGUCCGAGCAUGGCAUCCGUUCCAUGUCGAAGUACCAUGAGGAAAACCCAUACUCGAUGGACGUGAACGGUCAGACGUUCCAGGUGGGCUACGUGCCUGGCGACUCAGACAGCGCCCUAUUUGGCGGUAACAGCAACUGGCGUGGGCCGAUCUGGCUGUGCGUCAAUUUUUUGCUUGUGGAAUCUCUGCUGCGCUUCUACAUGUUCUACGGCGACUCGUUCCAGAUCGAGUGCCCCACUGGCUCGGGAGACUACAUGCACCUGGGCCACAUCGCCGAAGAGCUGCAGCAUCGUAUGCAGCAUCUUUUCGCUCGGAAUGACGACGGUCGUCGUGCUAUCAACGGAAAAUCCGAUCUGCUCGACUAUGAUGAGCACUGGAAGGACUACUUGUGGUUCCACGAGUUCUUCGACGGGGAUACUGGCCGUGGCCUGGGCACUUCACAUCAGUGCGGUUGGACCGGGUUGAUUGCCAAGAUCAUCCAUGACACGGGGCUCAACUGCCGCAUACCCCAGACGCCACGAUCACCCUUCGCCGCUGCGUCUCACUAUUUCGAUGACAUGUUCUCGCGCUCAGGCCGCCGCCCCAGCUCUAGCCGUCCGUCCGUCAGGCGCUCAUCGACUAACCGCUCCAUCGGCAACCGCAGUGACUUCAACUCCACGAUUGCGGGUGAUGCAACCCCAGCGGCCUCGACUGUUGUCGACGAUGAGGACGCCAGCAGGCCCGUCAGCCGGCGCGACAGCAGCGCUGGUCUGUCUCGCAACGGCGCCAGCGACGAGCAUUUGCAUAAUUACGUUGAGAGUCAGUUGCAGCGGGUUCGCAGCUCUGCAUCGAUUGCCACCGGGUAUGAGGAUGAGCUCGAAACGCAAGCAGAGAAGCAGAAUGGGGAUAGUAGCCAUUGA